AUUUUAUAUAUUUAUCACUCCUCAUGGAGAUAGACGGAGCCAAAGUACAAGUUUCUCAAAGUUUAAUUGAUAAGAUUUACAAUGUGUUUUCUGACGGGAUGCACUUUGCCGCUCCAGUAUCAUCCUUGAGGAUGAGUGAAGUGGACUUGGUACGAGGUGUUUUACAAAUGUUUCAAGGCUUUUCCAGUUCCUUGUUCUAUUGGGACCAAAGUGGACACAAGUUUCGUGCCAAAACUGGGAUCUAUGUCACUCACCUUUCCCUUAAGAGUUUACAUGUCCUUCUCAAUCAAUUCACUUAUGGAGCAACAUGUUUAAAACUGGUGGAAAUUGCGGUCGGUAGGGUGGAGACCUUUACGAGAGUAACUUCCCCUACUUUGAGGGCAUUUUCAUGCUCCGUUUCUGAAUGGCUCAAGAGAUUGAGGAAUAUUGCUUUGAAGGAAGAAAUGAAAGUAUGUGAGCCAAAUGUUGGAAUUUCGACAACCCUACUGGGAUUAGCAAAUUCCUUGUCAAGUCUUUGUUCAGGUGCUGAAUAUCUGUUACAAAUAGUGAAUGGAGCCAUUCCCCAAAUAUAUUUUGAUUCUAAUGUGUCUGCUGCUGAAAUGGCUGUUCAUGUCCUUGAUUAUCUUUACAAGAAAGUAGAUGAAGUGUGUCUUGUUCAAGGUGGUGAGGAGGAAGUGUAUCAGAUGCUACUUCAUAUAUUUGUUGGAAGUUUAUUGCCAUAUAUCGAGGGUCUUGAUUCCUGGCUUUUUGAAGGAACGCUUGAUGAUCCAUUUGAAGAGAUGUUCUUUUAUGCUAACAGAGCAAUCUCAGUUGAUGAGGCUGACUUCUGGGAAAAGAGCCAUCUACUGAGACUAUUACAGAGUCGGAAGUUAGAUGCCAGACCCUCUGCUCUUGCUUCAGAAAGUUGUCAUGUACGUAUGACAACUGAAAAGAAGGAAAUGAGUGAGAAGGAAUCCAUUUCCCUCUCUAGCUCCAUGAAAGGGAAAGAUCAGAGCGAUGGAGACCUUCAAGUUUGCCCUUUAUUUAUUAAGGACAUAGCUAAGUCAAUUGUUUCUGCUGGAAAAUCAUUGCAAUUGAUCCGGCAUGUUCCUUCAGCAUUUGCAGCAGUACCAGGAAAGAAUAAGGAUAAUGAUUUUGAUGGGUUGGGAAAUUAUGAAGGUGGUGCUGAUUUAAGCAAACUUCAUCGUGGACAGAGCAUAGCUGGGUUGACACUGUCUGAAAUUUUCUGCGUGUCAUUAGCAGGUCUUAUAGGCCAUGGUGAUCACAUUUCUAGAUAUUUUUGGCAAAAUGACCAAUGCAAAUCUAAGUUUGUCCCUUCACCUGUGUCCGACAUGAAUGGGCGGAUGAUGGAGAAUGGGAAUGAUGAAACUGUUGCAGCUUUAACAUGCUCAGAGAAGAUGUGGUAUAAGUUAUUGGUUGAUACAUUGUUACAGAAAAGGGUGAAUGAGAGGUUUGCAAGUGAUUUUCCCAACAUGAAAGAAGAUGAUAUGGCUAUAGAUAUUGACAACGAGUUGCCCUUACCCAUCCAGAAAUCAUUCUGUCCAGAAAAUCCUGUUCUUACUGUAUGUAAAAAAUUACUCAACAAGAAUAAUGAUGCCCGAAAAGCGCUGAACUUGUCUAGAAAUUCCUAUCUUCCCCCUUUAAAUGAUGAGAUCUUACGAAAAGCUCUUUUGGUUGGAGAGGGAGAAAACUUUUCUGGAGUUGAAGGAACAAGCUAUUCUUUUGGUUUCCAGUUUGGUGAAUCUGAAUAUCUGCGUUCUCAGUAUGAUUCAAAGCUGUUAGAGGUCCUGUUUCCCUUCCCCACUCUUCUUCCAUCUUUUCAGCAGGAUGAACUUCAUAUGUCUGAGCUGUUACCUUUCCAGAAGAAUAGCACCCUUCCAUCAAGAGUUCUUAGCUGGAUUCAAAGUGUUGAACCAAGAACUACUCCACUUCCUGUGGUUGUUAUGCAGGAAUGCCUCACUGUUUACAUUAAGAAGCAGGUGGAUCAUAUUGGCAGGCUUAUAUUGUCAAAGUUGAUGAAUGGCUGGAGAUUGAUGGAUGAGCUUGCAGUCUUGCGUGCUAUAUACUUACUAGGUUCAGGUGAUCUGCUGCAGCACUUUUUAACAGUCAUUUUCAAUAAGCUGGAUAAAGGAGAUACCUGGGAUGAUGAUUUUGAAUUGAACACUAUAUUACAGGAAUCCAUCAGAAAUUCUGCUGAUGGCAUGCUACUAACUGCCCCAGAUUCAUUGGUGGUCUCUAUCACCAAAAAUCAUGGUUUUGAUGGUGAUGAGCAACCUAAUACAGUUAACUUUACUUCAACUCCUCGUAAAAGUCAUGCACGUAGCUUUGGAAUAGAUGGUCUUGAUUUAUUAAAAUUUACAUACAAGGUUUCCUGGCCUCUUGAACUUAUUGCUAAUACAGAAGCAAUUAAAAAGUAUAACCAGGUGAUGGGAUUCUUAUUGAAGGUCAAGCGUGCCAAAUUUGUACUUGAUAAAGCUCGGAGGUGGAUGUGGAAGGGUAGAGGCACUGCAACGGACAAUCGCAAGCACCAUUGGUUGUUGGAACAGAAACUGCUCCAUUUUGUGGAUGCUUUUCACCAAUAUGUGAUGGACAGAGUAUAUCACAGCGCAUGGCUUGAACUCUGUGAAGGUAUGGCAGCAGCUGGAUCUCUGGAUGAAGUUAUAGAAGUUCAUGAGGCUUACUUAUUAUCAAUUCAACGACAAUGCUUUGUGGUACCUGAUAAAUUGUGGGCUUUGAUUGCCAGCCGAAUUAACAGCAUCCUUGGAUUAGCUUUGGACUUCUAUUCCAUACAGCAGACUUUGAGCAGUGGGGGAGCAGUUUCUGCCAUCAAGGCCAGAUGUGAAAUGGAAGUUGAGCGAAUUGAGAAACAGUUUGAUGAUUGCAUUGCUUUCCUCCUCAGAGUCUUAUCUUUCAAAUUAAAUGUGGGGCACUUUCCUCAUUUGGCGGAUUUGGUUACUAGAAUUAAUUACAACUACUUCUAAAUGUCUGCUAGCGGAAACUUGAUGACUGUCCCUGGCUCUGAAACUGUUAGUUCAAGACUGGGCAAGACUUUUGCAAGUAGAACAGACUGAUCAAUACUGCCCAAAGUUUUUAAUGGUGUCUGAUCUGUGAAUAUGGUAUAUACUGGUGCAAACGUGAUUCUCUGCAUAGGUUUUAAACGAGCAUACUACCUACAAACACAGAGUUUGCCAAAGACGGGAUAGAUCUGAGAGAAAGUUGCUAUCGUACUGAAAAGAAUCAAUUGGUUAAUGACUGUCUUUGCUUCACUGCAUGAUUUCAGAAUCUCCACUUAAUGGUUUUUGGAGGUUUGAGCGUUCAAGUACUGAUGCUCGAACUGAUCUACACUUUGGUAAGGCAACUCUGCACCUUCAGUUGAUCCUGAGAUUCUUGAGUCCCUCAUGGAGCUGAAUGAUUUAUUGGAAAUUAUUUAACUAACUGUUGCCACUACACUCAACCUGUGUCUCUGUAUGCAUGGCUUUUUGCCCUUAUUUUACUUGUUUGAUGAGUAACAUCAUCAUCAAAAGCUCACUGUGUAUGGUACCUUGAUUCUUGAUAUUCAGAAGUGAUGUUUCAUGAUUUAGUUUGAUCAUCUGGUGAGAAUGACACAUCCAAAUUUGGAGUGUUGAUGAAUUUUAUGUUGGAAUGAUUAUUUGGAAAUGACGC